AAAUCAGUCUCUCGACGGACCGCGAUGAAGUUGCACGUUUUCCCGGUGAGGCCGCGUCGUUUUCAGCACAACCAUCCGCGUCCGCGGGCCAUAACACAAACGUUCGAUUGCGUCGAUUGCUCCGGUGAGCAGCAGAACGGAACCGCUGAAGGGUAUAUCCCAAUCGAUUUCGAUUACCCAGUCACGCGGUGUGUCGUUGCAUUAGACACGGAAAUUUUCGGAAUAUCUUCACCGUCGUCGUCGUCGUCGGUGCCGUGGUUCUCGUCGUCGUCGAUAUCGUCGUUGCCGGUAUUCGUAAGUCGUCGCGCGGGAGAUUAACCGUCACCCCGAAAAUCGACCGGUGCUCUGUUAUCGCUAUAAGCACCACUUGGAGUACUGUUUUGUUUUUAUGUCGAAACCAAACCAUAUCUCAAGAAGUUUUCCAUCCGACCUAUCCGACGGUGUUGCCUCGCGGUACAUGCGGCAAGGGAAAAUUGAGGAAAUCCCACAUAUCGGAAAAGUUAUCCACCGUUGUGUGAGUGCGAGCAUGUAUGUUCUAUGCUUUAUUCCGUAGACAAGCUGCUAUUUUGAUCGAACCGAAUAAACGGACGACUUGUUGGCCUAAGGUUAAAGUUUCGUUUUUGGUCGCAGCGGGGCAAGGAAGUGACACGUUCAGAAGAGGAUAUCAUCCUACAGUGGAAAGUCAACCGUUGGCAAAGUGAAUUUAGACGGUCGGUUGGGGAACAGAAGUGCCGAGAAACAUCCAAGUGUGCCGCGAUAUUGGGAAAAUCAAGUGCUGCACCACCACCGCCACCUGCCGUGGGACCAACAGCCAGCCAGAGGAAAUUGAAACCGACCAAGAAAUACGAGCAUAUUUAACGGGAGGAAAUAUAAAACCAGCGCUUAUCGUUUACCCGUCUACGGUGAGUGCGAACACGCAGAGGUGGAAAAGAAUCUCUGCUGUUUCCGCUAUCGUGUGGAAAUCUGAGGUUGCAUCGCUUGUGAGUAGGCGGCCGGCUAGGGGUUGUGCAGUGGCAGUAUCAUCCUGCACGCGUCCAGUGUGACUGUGUGCCCCAACGACCAAAAAAAAAACAACGGUUAAGGUUACCGGGCCCGGGAUUCGGGUCACAGUGACGUGUUGUUGUUGUAGUGUUGUGCAGUAGUGCAUCUCGGGGGUGACACAGAGCAGAGACAGUGCAUUUUCAGUGUUUGUAGUAGGAAUGAAAGUUACUCGUACCGGACCAAAUGUUGCUGCCGCUGUUGUUUUGUCGGUGUCAGUUUUAAGUAGAACUGUGCCAGCACGUGACCUGCAUUGCGGAGUGUAAACAAACAGCAAACGUGCGAAUUAAGUUAGAAACCAAAGUUUAGCCCGGCCCGAGCAGGGAAUUCGAAUGACGUGACGUGUUAUUUGCUGCAACGACCGUUCGGGGCAUUCGCGGAAAAGUUUAAAGCUGAUUCCCGGCUAGUGAUGCGGCAAUUUUUGCAACAAUCCUGUGUGAAAACCCAGUAGCCAACAAUAAACCUCACUAACAAGGCAAGGUCGAGCAACGGCUAAGACUCGCAUCACGUGUUGUCCAGGUGGACGGGAUUGCGCCAAAAGAAAAAAAAACAGCCCACAGAAAAUCUAAUAGAAAAUCAUACAAGGAAAACGGUAACGGUAGCAAAGCCUAAACGUGACCGAAUUUUGGCUGUCAAACAGAAGUCCACCUCCCCUCUCAGUAGUUCGGAACGGUGUAAUUAGCAUAAUUAAAUAAAUCCCAGCCUAGUGCGAGUCCAGCCCUCGAAACUGGAGGAUUGAAGGAAACCCGAGACUAGAACUGAACCUGGACGAAUCUUUCAAGUGAAGUGAAACAAGAGAAAGAAACGGAACGGAAAACUUCACAACGUAGACUAACUGGAUGAAAGUCAAUCGUUAGCAAGUUUCUGUUUUUUUUUUUCUUCCGUUCGUGUCCUGGGGUUUGCCUGGUUCGGGUUCGGAGUGUAGGACUGCGGUUUUUUUCCCGCUCACCGAAGGAAGUGAUUGAUUUUUCGGCUUUGCCGAUUUGACACGUGCAGCUGCGCAUUUGGGGGUGGUGGGGAAGGGUGGCCCAUAUCCGGCACGCCGGAGUGAUUUUUUUGCUCCUGAUUUCACCAAUCCGGGAGACUCGCGUGAUUCCGUUAAAAGUUCGGUCGUAAAUCGCGUAACUGUGCGUUCGGGCGGACGUUUAUGGAUCGUUAAAAGUUGCGCCCCGAAACAGGUCGGAACAUCCGACGGGGGUGAGGAAAGGAAAUCAAUACGUUCUGUGAUAUUGUUGAAGACGAAAUUUACGAGUCUAAAGUGAGCUAAUGGUGGUGAAUGUCAAUUAAAGCGACGCGAAAGGACUCGAGUAUUUUUAUGUGUGUUGGAAAUUUAACCGAGUUGGAAAUUGUACCAUUACUAUGCAUAUGACCUGUUAAACUAGGAGUUAUUUAUAGUGAAAUUUUUGUUCUCUCGUUAAGCUAAUUGUUGGAAAUUUGUCACAAUAAUUGACUGCUGCAGUGAAGGCAGGCGAUAAGAAACGGGAAACUUAAUUAAAUAGUUUCCAUUAGGCGAAAUAUUUCUUUGCACAGUCCUCAGAUUCCAAGUUAGUUUUUGGAAGAAAGCCAAAUUCCUCAAAUCAAACAGAGUCAGAUGUGAUCAGCUGCAGGAGGACGUUUCAUUCUAGAACAAACAAACAAACAAACAAACAAGUGGGAAAAUGUGCGUUCAUUAAUCAGUCGCUUGAAUGUUGUGCCACCCCAUUCAAAAACGAAAAAAAAACAACAAAACAGGAAUAGGUGGUAAAGUAUAAACGACCCGAAGAAAAAGUGUUAUUACUCUGAGACACGAUAGCCGUAAUCGGUUGGUUCGACUACCCAUCGCCGGGGUUCUGAUGGGAAGAAAGUGAAGAAAAAACUUCCCUCCGUCUCCUUUCGGCUCUACACCUCAAGCAAGCAAGCAAGCACAAACCGGAAGUGAAUUGAAAGUGAUUGAAUGGUGGUUCGUCUCCAAACCCAACCGACUGGCAAACGGCACCCACGCGUCCUGUCCUGUCCUACGAGUGAAGCAAAAAGCUGGUGAAAAAUUACCCGCCCGAAGGUGAACGUGUCGCUUGAUUCGAUCCCAUCAAUUUGCCUGGUAGGGUAGGGGGAAAAAAUAAUGUGAAAUAUAUUCAGCCGAGCCCAGUUCCGGCCCCAAAACGGAGGACGGUACAUCAUGCGGAACGGAAAAUGAAGAAAAAUAUUGAAUUUAUGCUAUUUGCUUUAUCAAUCGAUGAAUAAUUGCGGAAUAAAUUUGCAAUCCGGAAAAAUAAAACCGGAGACAGCUCAGCACGGCUAACAUUUCGUAAUCCGACCGAAGUCGAAUCCGAUGAAACAGGUCUCCCGAUGAAACGCAAAUAUUGAAUGUUCGCAGUGCAAAUGCCAGAUCAAUCAAUUAAAGACCGAUUUUCCAUGCGCCUUAAUUAAUGUGAGGCAGGUGACCGAGUGCGAAUUAAUUACGCUCGGUACCCCCAAUAGAGCGACAUCGACGGCUCGACUGGUGGAAUCCCGAUAGUUGACAAUUAAUCAUACCCUACUAAACUGAUCCAUAUCGACGCGAGUGCGGAAAAAAACCUGUAUUGAAAAUAUCUUCAUAUCAAUUAAAAUCCUGUGCAAACUCAAACUGACAAACUCACACACACACAUAUCGUGAUAUUGACAAAAGAAGACCUGAGUGAAUAUAAAAAAAAAAUCUAGAACGUUACAUCAUCACAAACAGCGCAAACAUGGCUAUGGUAGUAUCGGGUCGGGCCAAAGCAGUUAUCGCGGCCUUCGUGUGCUUCUUCCUGCUGGGUAUCGUCCUGGUCACCGGUUCCACCAAGGGUUGGUUCGUUCCGGUGCGCUAUCAGAACGAGCGGGUCGCCGCCAGAAUACAGUCAAGUGGAGAUGACGACGACUCGUUGUUCGAGCCACCGAUGAUUUCACCACCCCCGCCGGACUAUGGCUACCGGCACAAGGGCGAAAAGGGAGAACGCGGACUGAAAGGGCCACCGGGUGACAGCAUACGAGGGCCUCCAGGACCACCGGGACCACCCGGUCCGUACGGUCCGCCUGGGCCACCGGGUGCUCCCGGACCCAAAGGGCCCGGAUACUUCGACGAGGGAUCCGGCGACGAAGCGAAGAGAUUAUCUCAGCUGUAUGACGCCCUUCCCAAUCGAAAGCACGCGAACCAGUGCUACUGCAACGUCACCCUGAUCCUGGAGGAGCUGAGAAUGGACAGCACCCUGCGCGAGUCCCUUCGUGGUUCGGCGGGACCGCAGGGCCGCGAGGGCAAGACCGGAUCACCCGGAUUGACUGGCGCCACCGGACCAGCAGGAGAACGUGGUUCGGCUGGUCCCAAAGGCGACAAAGGAGACCGUGGAGAGAUCGGGGCACCCGGCACCGAGGGUAUCCAAGGUAGCAAAGGAGAAUCUGGUUUGGAUGGUCUGCCAGGUCCUCCUGGUCUGCCUGGACCCCCGGGACCGCCGGGCAUUCCCGAGAAUUACGAUAUAAAUUGGAAUCCGUCGCGGAUGUUCAAGGAAUCGAUGCUCGGCUCACCGAUUCAAGGGUUGCGAAGUGCUUCGCCGGGAACCAAGGGUGACAUCGGCGACAAAGGCGACAUGGGACUGCCCGGACUGAAGGGUGAACAGGGCAGCAAAGGGGACCGGGGCGAUCCUGGUCUCACCGGGGCCAAAGGGGAAAGGGGACACACAUCAAUCGGUGCACCGGGUACCAAAGGUGCCAUCGGACCCCCAGGAAUACCCGGUAUCCCGGGGCAAACGGGAGCAACCGGUUCCAAGGGUGAAAAGGGAAACACCGGAGACAUUGGUCCCCCGGGACCAUCUGGUCCACCCGGAAUGGUUAUGUAUUCCGAUGCGAAAAAUUCAUCUUCAGAUUGUCAUUGUCAACCUGGACCACCGGGUCCACCGGGACUACGGGGACCAUCGGGCUUCGACGGAGCACCCGGACUGCCAGGUGAAACUGGUCUUCCGGGACAUCCUGGACUUCCCGGAGACAAGGGUGACAGAGGAAUCCCCGGUAUGAAAGGUGAAAAAGGUCCUGAGUUUAUUAUCAAUGAAAACGCCGCGUUCAACACAAGCAGAUCCAACAGAGGAGAGAAAGGCGAACGAGGGCCCCGGGGACGCCGGGGCAAACAAGGACCGAUCGGACCGCCGGGUAAACCGGCCGGUCCGAACGAUAUGGGUAUUAACUCGUGGCCGGGACGACCCGGUUUGAAGGGAGACCAAGGACCGAAAGGAGAUCGAGGUGACAGUAUAGUCGGGCCCAAAGGAGAGAAAGGUGACCGGGGUGCAGACGGACGAGAUGGUUUACCCGGACCGCCAGGACUACCGGCGGCAGCCGGUGAAGGAGUCCAGUACAUUCCGAUGCCAGGACCACCGGGUCCACCCGGACCGCCCGGAUUGUCCAUCGUCGGACAAAAAGGUGAACCGGGAAUGGACUCCCGCAGUCCGUUCUACGGUGAUCCGAAUUAUCUCGGACGACCAGGAGGUCGCUCAAGCUUAGACGAACUAAAAGCACUUAGAGAACUAAAGCACCACAAGGAGAUUCAAGAUAGUACGCCUGGACCGCCAGGACCUCCGGGGCCACCGGGAUCACCUGGCCGAACGCUUCACGACAGCAGCGAUGAAAUUCCCAACAGUUACGGUGCCAACGUGAGAAUCGUACCGGGGGCGGUCACAUUCCAGAACACCGAUGCCAUGUCGAAGAUGUCCGCUACGAGUCCCGUCGGAACCCUCGCCUACAUAAUUGACGAGGAAGCACUGCUGGUGCGAGUGAAUAAAGGAUGGCAAUAUAUUGCGCUCGGCACUCUGGUUCCGAUCGCGACCCCAGCCCCACCGACAACCACCGUGAUACCGCCACCUCGCCCAGAUCUGCAAGCAUCUAAUCUGAUAAACAACAUCCCGCAGCCGGUCGAGGGACCGUCGUUCACGGCGUCCCCGGAAUACGAAUCGUGGUAUCCCAAGAUGUUGCGGAUGGCGGCACUUAACGAACCGUACACCGGCGAUUUGCAGGGCAUCCGAGGAGCAGAUUUCGCCUGCUACCGGCAAGCGAGACGGGCCGGUCUCCUGGGGACAUUCAGGGCGUUCCUGUCAGCGAGAAUUCAAAACCUAGACGCCAUCGUGCGGAUAGCAGAUCGUGAACUUCCAGUGGUGAACACCCGAGGGGAUGUGCUGUUCAAUUCAUGGAAUGGCAUAUUCAACGGCCAAGGUGGCUUCUUCUCGCAAGCCCCGCGGAUAUACAGCUUCAGUGGGAAAAAUGUCCUCACCGACAUAGCCUGGCCCCAGAAACUGGUGUGGCACGGUUCCAGUACGCUCGGUGAGCGCGCGAUGGAUACGUACUGCGAUGCCUGGCAUUCCGGAUCACCGGACAAAGUCGGGCUGGCGAGUAGUCUGCUCGGCAAUAAAUUACUCGAUCAGGAGCGGUAUUCCUGUGAUAAUCGGUUCGUGGUACUGUGCGUCGAGGCGCUAUCCCAGGACCGAAGGCGAAAGCGAGACGUCAGUAGUAUGCACGAGUUCACCACUGCAGAAGACUACAGUCGCCACCUGAGCGAGGCGUUGCAGCUGUAAAACAAAGGAAACGUGGAAUCUCCUUUGUAAAUCUUAACAGUUACCUUCCAUUACCACCAACAUCACAUGACAGCAACUAAAUCUGGAGGAGAAAAAAAACAAUAACAUUGCUUGAACGUCACGAAAAACAAAACAUGACUGCCAAAGUAGACAACAAAAAGAACAUAGAAACUCUGUUGUAAAACCAUAUAAAGGGUGAUUUUUUAAGAGCUUGAGAACUUUUUUAAACAAUAAAACGCAUAAAAUUUGCAAAAUCUCAUCGGUUCUUUAUUUUAAACG